AUGACUGGAGUACAAACAUUCGUGCUCAUCGCACAAAUGAAUGCCCCCAGCGGGACUCGAACCCGCGAUCGCUGGCGCAGCAAUUCAUCUAUAUCUCUCAUACAUAGUCCAAACAGUGACGGUUUAUCAGUGAUUGGUAUAAGUCGUACUGUAGAGAAAAUUAUGACACUAAUUAACUUCAUACUGUUCCUAUCAGUUUUGAUGAUUGCCUUUGCAGCAACGGUGCCAUCUACUGAUGAUGAUGUCAAACUUGUAGACGACGAACAAGAAGAUGGUGAUAGAACAAUAUCUGAUUUUCUACCAUGCAAGAAGAAAAAUAACAUGAGCGGCCUCUGUGUACCAUUUAGUUAUUGCAACGCAAACCAAUCAAUAUUGCCAGGUGGAUAUAUAGAUACUGAUAUGAGAGAACUGCAUAAUAAUGAGUGUCAAAGGCCGGGCUCUUUGGAAUGGUGCUGCAGCACGGAACUGCUCGUGCAACCUCCGGAGGUCACGACCCAUACUGUUGACAAAUGCCUGCCACUCGAGUCUGAUAUAUGUACGUGGUGUGUCACAUUGCAUAAGGUUAGAGACUCGAGUAUCGCGGAUGUACCUGCGUUCUGCGCAGGCGCACUUAUCGGUUCUAAGGUUAUUUUGACCGCAGCAUCUUGUUUGGUGGCAGCCUAUAAUCAGACUUUGUUUGCGCAAGUACCCGCGUCUCCUGACAAAACACGCAAAUAUGAAGCAGAUCUCCGAAAAUUGAACCCUUCGUAUAAUUCUGGCACGCGUUGGAACGAUUUCGGGAUUAUAGUGCUGAAAGAGGAAGUGAAUUGGGGUACCAUGCCGGCUUCCGGCGCUUGUCUAAAUCCAGUAAAAAUAGGCGGAAAUUGUAUGACUUUUGGAUUAGACAUCAAUGAUAAUAUUGUCUCGACAAUCAUACAAGUGACGGAAAGCGUCUGUGACAACAUGGGUGGGGGUGGUUCAUUGGACAUAUUUUGCGGCAAGAGUAAAGAAAAAGAAUGUUUUGCAGUAACUGGAGCCCCAGUGGUGUGCGAGAGUGGCAACAAUGGUCUACUCUUGGUUGGUGUAAGUCGGUCUGGAUGCAUCGAUGGUAACAUUGCACUUGGAAACUAUUUGGUCGCAAAACCAUGGCUAGUAAUGGAAUUAAAUGCAAUGAAAGUGCCUAAUUUAGUAUAUACAUUA